GCUUGCUUCCGUCUGGGAGCCCACGUGUUGCAGGAGCAGAACGUGGUCCAGGAAGUCAGGUGAAUAAUGGCGUCUUUAUUGAAGAAGGAUUCCUAUAUCCAAAGUCUGGGAAAGAAAGUAUGCGUGCAACAAAAUACAGAGUUCCGGAAACGGAAACAAGUUAACAGGGAUGGCACAGAUGAACAACCCCAGCCCAAGAAGAAGAAGAAAACAAGAUCACGAAAAUCUGGUGGGAAGGCGAUACAGGACAGGGAAGCACAGGGCACUGUUCCAAUUUCAUCUCUACACGGUUCCAAAACACAGGAUUCAGCUUUAUGGACCACAAAGAGCUCAUUCUCCACCGUGGAUGUUUUACGGAAACGUCUGCAGGAAAAGAUACAGGAAUCCCGUGGUCAGGUUUCUACCAAAGGUCUUUCCCCAGAGGAGGCUGAAAAAAGACGACAGCGGAGAAAGCAGGAGAGGGAGCGGAAAAAAAGAAAAAGGAAGGAGCUGAAAAAGAAAGCAGCAGAAACUACAGAAGAAGUUGGGAGUGCUGAUGUUAAGCAACCUGAAGUAGUUAAAAUAAAUGACUCCGUGCCGCUGGUCUUUAACAAGGUGGAGGUUCAUGACGAACCGCUUGAUAAACCACUGAAAAAGAAAGAGAAAAAAGAACGUUUGAAAGGCAACAUAACCCCGAUGACGGGAAAGAAUUAUAAACAACUGCUUAGCCGCCUGGAGUUGAGAAAUAACAAACUGGAGGAACUGAGGGCAAAGGAUGAAAGCAAAGCCUUGGAACUAGAGUCCAAGAUCAAAUGGACCAAUGUUCUGUACAAGGCUGAGGGGGUGAAGAUCAAGGAUGAUGAGGGAAUGCUGAAGAAGGCCCUGAAGCGCAAGGAGAAACAACGGGACCAGAGGAAGAGGCUCUGGAAUGAGCGAACCGAGCACACUGCUGAGCGUAUGCAGAAGAGGCAGGACAAGAGACGUCGCAAUAUUAAAAAGAAAAAGUUAGGCAAACUGAAUUCAAAGAAAGAUAGAGCCAGGAAGAAAGGGCGUGUCAUGCCAGAAGACCUUGCCAAAUCUAAUCUUAAGUGAGAACGGUCAAAGAGAUUUAACAUGUUUCUCUUACAAAAAUUGAGAACUUUGUGGACAAUGUUUAACCUAAAAUACAAUAAAGACAGAGCAAUUUUAGGCUCCAUAAUUCCGUUUGACCAACUAGGAGCUUACUCAAAACAUCAAUGUACCAUUGAAGUAAUGUUCGUUAGAGAGGAAUUUACCCUGGAGAGAAAAGGGAUUAUUGUUUUUUUUCACCGUCCUGUCUUUCAAGCACAUCUUUAUUUUGCAUCUAGAGUAUGCAAACAUCUGAAACAAGCCCAACCGCAUAACUAUUUACAAUCCUUCCAUGGCUACUGUGCCUUGAACUUGCCAAUGUUCUAUCCCUCUGACUUUAGGGAUAAGCUAGGCAAGAGCGAUACAUAGUGCUUCUUUCUCAUUUCUCAUCAGUAAUGGGAGAGUGUUAAAAAGUUUAUCACACCGUGAAAUACAGUUUUGUAAUACAUAGAGUGACAUCACGUUAGGAAUUAAGGGGGUUUGACCUAACACAGAAAUAGAAGUUUGGCUUGAGAGCUUUUGAGGUUUCGUCACUUUGUGAUUAUACUAGGCUUGUAACUGGACUUGGGAGAGGCUACGACAACACAAAUUUGAAAUGCAGAAAAAG